AUGUCUAUAUUUAUUUAUUUAUUAAUUAUAUUAAAGUUGAAUCUAAUUUAUGGAUUCGAUGCUGGUUUUAUAGAAUUAGCAUCAUCUCGUCAAGAGAAUAAAGAUACGACACAUUAUGGCAUGACUAUUUGUGCACUCUGUCGUGUGACACUUGACUUUUUGAAAUCAACAUAUAAUGUAGAUACAGCUUAUUUAGAUACAAAAUUUGAUGAAACCAACGGUCAAUGUCAAGGAAAUAUUGUUCGAGGUAUAAUAAGUCUAUUAAGAACUUCUCAAAUGAAAGGUAUUAAUCCAUGGCUUUAUUCAAUCACAGUUAAAACAAUAGCUUCUGCAAAUACAAAAACAGAUUUAAAAGAAAUGUUUAAAGAAGAAAGUCAUUUCGAUAGUGAAUUGUUUAUUGGAGCAUCAAAAUUAAUAAUGAAGCGAUAUCAAUCAACAUUAGAUGCGAUUAUAAAAUCCGAUAAUUAUGAUAAAGGACGUAAAACAUUCGGAGAAAUGCUACAUACAAUACAAGAUUUUUAUAGUCAUACAAAUUAUAUUGAACUUGAAUAUAAAUCACCAAAUGAUGUUCUUGGUAAAAGAAUUUUUCGAGAAAAUGAAUUUGCAUCGAUUAAUACGAGAACAUGUAUUAGUUGUAAUGAUGAACAAUGUCAAAUAAAUACAAAUUUCGAUGAAAAUAUACGUCAAAAUAAAUUACUUACAAGUGGUUAUUUUAUACCAAUUGGUUUUAAUUUAUUUAAAAAAUCUAAACCAAAAGGAAAAUGUUCACAUGGAGGUUCUUUUGAUAGUACACAAGAUGAUGAACCAACAGGUGGUAUUAAUAAAGAUAAAUUAAAUUCUAUUCAUGGUCAUUUACAUUAUCAAGCAGCAAGUAUGGCUUAUAAAGCUACUGUAAACAUUUUAACACAACUUCAACAAGAUAUUGGUGAUGAUUCUUUUGCUUUAUUUUUAACAUUAAAAAAGAAUUUAAAUAGUCUUAUUAUAUCGAUUGAUACAUCAUGUUCAAUUGGUAAUUAUGUUGAUCUAGCUAAAGAUAUAUCAAUUAAUAUUGUUAAUCAAUAUGGUCAAUUAGAGUUUGCUCCACAUAAUUAUAUAUUAAUAUUAUUCAAUAGUGAUUAUGCGAAAAUAAUUAUUAAUUCUCGUAAACCAAACGAUUUAACUGAUGCUAUUCAAGAACUAAAUUCAUGUGAAAAUUAUACAUCAGCAUUAGGUGGAAUGUACUAUAGUAGUCUUAUCGAAGGAUUGAUACAGUCAGAAUAUUCAUCAGUUAUUUAUACAUUUACUGAUUCGCCAACAAGUGAUAGUUAUCUAAAAUAUAAAGCACGUGCCUUACUUCGAAAUAAACAUGUUGUUAUUUAUUCAUUUUUGGGUCAACAAAUGAAAAAACUUCUGCUUAAAAGGAAAAUUGAUCUUGUUGAUCAAUUAGAUGGAAAUGAUCAUGGUACAGAUCUACCAUCAAUUAGUGGCGGUCUUACGUAUCCUAUUACUGUUAAUGAUCGAUCUGUCAUUUUAGAAUUUAUACUUCGUCGAUUAGAAUGGACAAGAUUGCAAACUUUAGUUAUUCUUAAAUCUAAUUCUACAUCAAUUACAUUUUGUGUUGAUUCAUCGAUUGAUGAACUUCAUAUUGAUAUAUCAUCAACAGGUUAA